CUUACUUCUCUUUCGCUCUUCUCCUCUCCUGCCCUAUUGCUCUUUCUCCUUUUUUUUUUUUCUUUAUGUUCUUCAUCUCUCUCUUGACGCUCCUCCUGUUAGCAAGCGCUCCUCCCGUUAAUGUGCUAACCCAGUGAAAGAAUUGAAGCCCUUCAUUUAGGGCCAACCCAACCCUAACUUAGCCACACCUCCUCCUUCUUCUUCCCUCUCCUUUCCAAGGACUCGAAGCCUGAAAUUUCUUUUCCAGCCCCAAGCGCCCAUAUCAGUCGAGGAAGAAGAAGGAGAAAAAAAAAGAGAAGGAGAGAUACGGCAAGGGAGGAAAAAACUAUAAAGAUAAAGUCAACGAAUGGGAUCUUCUUCUUUUUGCUGACGUGGACUUAACCACGCACGCUGCCACAUCAGUCGCGGAGGGAAUUCGCUGCCCGCGCGUAUCAUUUCUCUAAUUAACUACUCGACAGCCUCCUCUCAUUCAAUUCGUUUGAGCUGCAUUGCGUUAGAAAAGGAUGAGCCUUGCCGUCGCCGUGGGUCCCUUCUUCGACUCCUCUGUCAACAGCCUCCUCCACCUCCCCGAGACAAUGGAAAAGAUCUCCUUACCUCCUUCAGCGCGGCGGCACGACGACGAGGAGGAGGAGAGGAGCCUUGAAAGCGUUCCCGCCGUCGACAUUCUCGAGACCGCCGAGGAGUACACUUUCAUCGUGGACGUGCCCGGCCUAUCCAAGGCCGACGUCCAGGUGGCGCUAGAGGAGGGCAGUAAGUCGCUGGUGAUCCGAGGCGGCGGCAAGAGGAGGAGGGACGAAGAGGAGGGAUGCCGGUACCUCCGAUUGGAGAGGCGAGGUCCCACCAAGUUCUGUCGGAGAUUCCGUAUGCCUGAAGACUCCAACUCCGCGGCCAUCUCGGCCAAGUGCGAAAACGGUGUGCUAACCGUUGUAGUCGGGAAGUUACCGCCGCCGGUGCCCAAGAAGAAGAGUGUGCGAGUGAGCGUAGCUUGA